AGUUUCUUCAAACAUCCACAUUCACAUCCGCACUUACACACACACACAACACUCCCUUGGUUCUGUUCUUUCAGUCAGCAUGAGUUAUCCACUGGUGAUUCUGCUCUGUGUGGGACUACUGCACCAGACCGCGAGGGCUGUCCUUAUGGAUAAACUAGCAGACAACAAGAUUUGUGGGGAUGCAGACUGCUCAUAUGUCCUCUCCAUGGCCACGGCCUUGGAAGACUUCAUAGCUCCUGACUGCAGAUUCAUCAACAUCAAGAAGGGUCAGAUGGUUUAUGUGUAUUCUAAACUCGUACCAGAGGAGGGUGCCGGAGUCUUCUGGUCUGGAAGCGUUUACAGUGAGCGCUAUGUGGACCAGAUGGGCAUCAUCGGAUACUUCCCUGCGACUGUGCUGAAGGAGACACAGAAGUUUACGGAAAACCUAGUUAAGAUUCCCACAACUGACAUGGACUUCUACUGUGAUUAAAGCAUGACAGAUUGAAGCCUCUUUCUUCUCAAGUCUUGCUUUUAGUGUCUCUGGCUUUAAUAAAGGAGAGUAGACAGUUCUUCUCCCCAGCCGGUGUUUCAUCCUGUGGCGUUGUCUCCAGCUGGAAUGAAAACCUGGACACUCUCAGCCCUCCAUAGCCCACAGUCUGACACCCCCCGUUGCUGAGCCAGCUAGUCAUUUCUGUCGUGCUUUGUCUUAACAAGACACAUUGCUCAAUAAACCAUUUUUCAUAUCAACAUAUAAUGUUUAUUACUUGAACAGAUAAGAAUUCAUUUUCCUACUUUGACUCUUCAAGAUUGGUAAUUACAAUUUCUGCUGACAUAUCUAAUAAAUUGCAGAUCAUCUCCUGUUGUAAAUAUACAUAAUCAAAUUUGA